AGGUAUGCAGGAGACAGGGAGGGAUGAGGAGGAAGAGGAGGAUGAGGAAGGAUUAGGGUGAUGAGGAGGGAUGGCGGGACAGGGGGGAGGAAGGGAAUGAGGAGGAUGAGGAUGAAGGAUGAAGGAUGAAGGGCACAGGCAGGGGUAGAAACCCCUGCUGGCAUCCAACACCUCCCCUGGGACCGGUCCCGGUGAGGGGAGAUCCCGGAGGGUCCCGGGGGGGGAUGUCCCGGCCCUGCCUUCCCGAACGGCCCGGGGGGGGGGGGGGUCGGGGCCGCCCCGCUCAGCUCCGCCCCUCCCGGGCCAGCCCAUCCCGCCCGUUAAAAAGCGGCGGGACCCGCUUGCCGCGGGGCUAUCGCGGGGCUAUCGCGGGGCUGUCGCUGUGUCGCGGUGCCCGGGCCAUGCGCUGCGCGCUCCUGACGCUCCUGGUCGCCGUCGCUGCUGUUGGGGCUGCUCCCGGUCCCUCGUGUCCCGUCACUGCACCGGGAGAAUCCGAUACAAAGACCCGGCUGGGACCGGCCCCGAGGAGAACCAAGCGCUUCGCCUCGGUGCCGCGGUUCGUGGAGCUCCUCGUGGUGGCGGACGAGGCGAUGGCGCGGUUCCACGGUGCGGGGCUGCGGCCGUACCUGCUCACGGUGCUGGCGGCGGCCGCCCGCUCCUUCCGCCACGGCAGCCUCGGCAACGCGGUGGAGCUGCGGGUAACGCGGCUGCUGGUGCUGGGCCCCGGCACCCCCGGGCCCCCCCCGACCUCCAACGCUGCCGAGAUGCUCCGGAACUUCUGCCAGUGGCAACAGGGGCUCAAUGUCCCCGACGAGGACAGCCCCCUCCACUUCGACACCGCCCUGCUCUUCACCCGGCAGGACCUGUGUGGGGCUGCCACUUGUGCCACGCUGGGCAUGGCCGAUGUGGGCACCGUGUGCGACCCGGCGCGGAGCUGCGCCGUGGUGGAGGACGAUGGGCUGCAGUCUGCCUUCACCGUCGCUCAUGAGCUGGGCCACGUCUUCAACAUGCUGCACGACACGGCGCAGCCCUGCCGGGAGCUGAACGGCGGCACCGCGGCCGCCCGGCGGGUGAUGGCUCCCGUCCUCUCCUCGCUGGAGCCCGGCGAGAUGUGGUCCCCGUGCAGCGCCCGCUUCAUCACCGACUUCCUGGACAACGGCCACGGUCACUGCCUCCUGGACCAGCCUCCGGAGUGGCUGCCGCUGCCGUCGGCGCUGCCGGGCAGCGUGUACCCGCUGCUGCGGCAAUGCCAGCUCGCCUUCGGGCCCGAGUCGCGGCACUGCGGGGACCAGCAGCCGCCCUGCGCCCGGCUCUGGUGCACCGGCCACACCGGCGGCCGCUCCGUGUGCCAAACGAAGCACUUCCCCUGGGCCGACGGCACACCGUGCGCGCCGGGCAGCGCCUGCAUGGACGGGGCCUGUGUCAGCAUCACCCGCAUGCAGGAGCUCACCGUGAGUGUGUGGGGAGAAACGACGGGGAACCGGGGGCCGCCGCUCGCCCCCCGGGGCUCCCGUUUGACCCCGCUCCCGCUGCGUUUCCCGGUGCAGACUCCGGUGGACGGCGCUUGGGGGCCGUGGGGGCCGUGGAGCGGCUGCUCCCGGAGCUGCGGCGGCGGCGUUCGGCUCUCGCACCGCGGUUGCACCGAGCCCGAGCCGCGUCACGGCGGCCGCUUCUGCCGGGGGAAACGGACCCGUGUCCAGUCCUGCAGCGUGGAGGAGUGUCCCGGCGGCUCCGCUCUGGCGUUCCGGGAGGAGCAAUGCGCCGAGUACAACCGCGGUCCGGAGCUCGUCAGGGGGCUGCCGGCGCCGCGGGACUGGGUCCCUCGUUACAGCGGCGUGGCCGAACGGGACCGGUGCAAGCUCAUCUGCCAGUCCCAGACCUUGGGCUACUACCAUGUGCUGCAGCAGAGGGUCGCCGAUGGGACGCCGUGCUCACCGGAGAGCACCGGGGUGUGCGUGCGGGGCCGCUGCAUCCCCGCCGGCUGCGACCGCAUCAUUGGCUCCAAGAAGAAGUUCGAUAAAUGCAUGAACUGCGGCGGCGACGGCUCCGGAUGCACCAAAAUCUCCGGUUCUUUCACCAAACCCCGCUACGGCUACAACGAUGUGGUGACCAUCCCGGCGGGUGCCACGCACAUCCUGGUGCGCCAGGUUUCGGCUCCCGGUGCCGAGGAUGUUUUCCUGGCCCUCCGGCGCCCCGAUGGUGAAUCCCUGCUCAACGGUGGCUACAUCCUGGUGCCAUCGGCCACCGACGUGGCGCUGGGCAAGGGGAUAACCCUGCGCUACAGCGGGGCCACCGCGGCCACCGAGACGCUGGAGGGCCGGGGGCCGCUGCCGCAGCCGGUGCUGCUGCAGGCGCUGGUGGUGGACGAACGGAGAGCACCGCGGUUGAAGUUCAGCUUCUUCGUGCCCUGCCGCCCGUCGGAGGCCUGGGAGAAGCAGAAAGCCCAAAUCCUGGAGAUCCUCAAGAGCCGCCGGCCCCACCGGUAGCCGCAGGAGAGUGAUGGGAUGAGAUUGAUCCUGCUGGCACCAUUUGGUUACUGAUGGCCGCAGCCUCCGCGCUGAGCCCCAGCGCCCAUCACCGCUUCUACCUCAGCCCUGGGCAGGCCCCGGGGCCCCCCACCUGUGGACCCCCCCCCCC